UGGAAGAGUAGACAGGUGCAGUGGUGUGUGUCAUUUUCCGUUUCGCACAUAGAAAAAAGCCAAAGUACUCUUCGCCGCCAUUUUCUACUCUCACUGAAGUCAUCUUCUUCCCAUUCCUCUUCUAAGAUCUCCCUUCCAACGACACCGUUUUGAUCUUCCCAUUCGGAUCUUCUUCUCCAGUUUCUCAAAUCAUGGCUACACUCAAAACCCUUUGCUUCAGAGCUGCCACCUUCCCCGAUUACCCCUCCAAUGUCACCAAUAAUAAAAACACCAGGAGCUCAAACUGGAAGCCUCCACAAGCAGCUGUGAAACCUAGUUUGCACCUCCCAAUGCGCAGCUUUGAGUUGAAGAAUAGGACUUCCCCAGAGGACAUAAAGUGUCUGAGGUUGAUAACUGCCAUCAAAACUCCAUACCUACCUGAUGGGCGAUUUGAUCUUGAAGCGUACGAUGACUUGGUGAAUAUGCAGAUUGGAGAAGGGGUCGAAGGUGUUAUUGUUGGUGGGACAACUGGUGAAGGACAAUUAAUGAGCUGGGAGGAGCACAUAAUGCUCAUUGCUCAUACAGUUAACUGUUUUGGUGGGAAAGUUAAGGUUAUUGGAAAUACUGGAAGCAACUCCACCAGGGAAGCAAUUCAUGCCACUGAGCAGGGUUUUGCUGUUGGAAUGCAUGCUGCCCUUCACAUAAACCCCUACUACGGAAAAACCUCGUUGGAUGGCAUGGUUGCUCACUUUCAAAGUGUGCUUCCGAUGGGACCCACUAUAAUCUAUAAUGUGCCUUCACGGACUGGUCAAGACAUUCCUCCACAUGUAAUUCAAACCUUAGCUGAAAGUUCUAACUUAGCUGGUGUCAAGGAGUGUGUUGGAAAUGAUCGGAUCAAGCAGUAUACAGACAAUGACAUUGUUGUGUGGAGUGGAAAUGAUGAUCAAUGCCAUGAUGCUAGAUGGGAUUAUGGGGCUACUGGAGUGAUAUCUGUUACAAGCAACCUGGUUCCUGGUCUAAUGCGGGAACUGAUGUAUGGUUUAAAUCCUAGGCUAAAUUCUAAGCUCUUACCUCUGAUUGACUGGCUUUUCCACAUGCCAAACCCCAUUGGGUUGAACACUGCUCUUGCUCAACUUGGGGUUGUCAGGCCCGUUUUUAGGCUACCAUUUGUACCUCUCCCUUUUGAGAAAAGGAUAGAAUUUGCCAAUAUAGUGAAGGCAAUUGGCCGAGAGCAUUUUGUUGGAAAUAAAGAUGUUGAGGUUCUUGAUGACGAAGACUUUUUCUUGGUCAGUCGUUAUUAAAUUAUCUUGUAGGUUUAUUGUAUCCUCCUUUCUGGGGGGUUUUCCAAACAUCAAAUCAUGAUGAGUCUGCUGUAGUGAAUUGAAGUGAUUACCUAGUUUCUUUUUACUGGCUACUCUGUAGUUGGGAACUGUUUCAAAUCUGUGUAGUUUGAAUUUAUGUGCUA